AUGAACUCGUCGGAGUGGUGCAAGUUGGCCUACUGGGAGUUGUCGGAACGUGUGGGUCCGCUCUUUCCAGUCGAGCCUCCGGCUGUGAACGUUUUUGGAGACGUGCCCCAUCCAGACGGACUCAAUUUAGAAACAUUAGCUCAACAUAGUUUUAGUCCGCCCGAGUCGUCUGUUCAAAAAACUAGGUGUAAAAUCGGCUUAGGUGUUACGCUAUCCCGAGAAGGCGACCGCAUCUGGGUGUACAACCGCUCCGACCACCCUGUAUUCGUCAACUCCCCUACCCUCCACGACUGCCCCACGCCCACCCGCCUGCCCCCCGACCACUGCCUGUGCGUUUUCGACCGUCUGGAGGCGUGUCGCCUGACCAGCCACGCCCACACGCAGGCCGGCCCAGUGGAUCCCAACUCGCUGCGCAUCAGCUUCGCGAAAGGGUGGGGGCCGAAUUAUUCCAGGCGCGAGAUCACCUCGUGCCCUUGCUGGCUAGAAAUAUUGCUGGCGCCUUGCAGAUACCCGUGUCGCCUGACAAGCCACGCUCCCACGCAGGCCUGCCCAGUGGAUCCCUACUCGCUGCGCAUCAGCUUCGCGAAAAGGUUAGGGCCGAAUUAUUCCAGGCGCGACUGGCGCGAGAUCACCUCAUGCGCUUGCGGGUAA